AUGUUCUCCAAAACAUUCAUUUCCCUUUUCGCCCUCACUUUGUUAACUGCCAUUCCCAUUUCGACGCUGGCAUUGCCCACAGGAGAAUCUGACUCUGAGCCUGAAACGGUGGAGAUGUUGGUUUCGAGUGUGUUGAUCAAUUUCGGUGAACAUACCGCGCACCUACCAGGCUUGAAUACUAGCGAGAGGAUUCACAAUGGCUCAGAUACUAUAGCGUCAUUAGCUAUGGGCAAGUCUAUAGGUAACGAACAUUCCUUCUACUUCUAUACUUACGAUGACGCCAAUACUACUCUCACACAAAAUCUGACUUGCACCUACAAGACGCUCAAGGCAUCUGAGAAUCAAGCACAAUACAAUUUGACCAAUGUAAUUCCCUUGAAACCAGUAUCAAAUAAUACCGAUGUGGCUAGUUUGAGAUGCGUUACGAGCUCCGUAGAGGUUUACAACUCUAAUAAUACCAACAUUCAGUAA